AUGCGGAAUCGCGGCAGUCCAGACGGAGAGCCGCAGGCUUCGUCCAAUGACGGCGCGGAAGAGAUGACGCUGUCCGGCGAGCCGGUUGCCGGCCGUUACAAAAAAGGCGGGGAGCUGAGCGACGCGGAAUUUCUGGCGGUGCACGGCAAAACGAGAGCGCAGAUCGCGGAGGAGAAGCGGCUCGUGGAGGCGCAGGGGAUGGAGAUUAACUACCUCGUGCCGCCGCGGUCGACGAAGCUGUCGGACGUGAUCGCAGUGUUCAUCGCGCACAUGCUGCCGUUCACGCUCGCUCCUUUCAUCCUCACAAUAAUAGUCGUGUACACCUCGUACAUACUGCUCGGGUGGCUGGGGCCGCUCAUCGCCUUCCUCGUGCUCUUCUACCUCACCGUCUGCCGGAUGCAUUACGACCCCAACACGCGCCGCCAGUACCAGGAGCUGUACCUGAAGAUGGCGCGGUACAUGGUAUCAGUGCGCAUGGUGACGCCCAGGGACCGCAUUCCCGACGGGCCGUACAUCUUUGCGUUCCACCCGCACGGCCGCAUGUUCUACUCCACCUCGCUCAUCAUCCAGUCGCAAGCCCUCUGGCGCAAACACUUCUGCCCUAAAGGCGAUUUCUUCGGGUCAGCAGCGGGGGCGUUCUUUGUGGUGCCCAUCGUGCGCAACAUCCUGAACAACCUGGGGCUCGUGUCUGUGGACAAGCCUGCCAUCGUGCGCACGCUCAGGAACAAGGACCACGUGACGAUCACGAUCGGGGGGGUGAAGGAAAUCUGCCUGGGAACCAACCCAGACUACGACAAGCUCUACCUCAUGAAGCGAAAGGGGUUCAUCAAAGUGGCGAUGGAUGAGAAGGUGGGCAUUGUGCCCAUCUACAACUUCAAUGAGAACCAGAUCUUCCGGCCAGAGCCGCACUGGUUCCUGGCGUUCUGGGAGUGGGUGAACAACUAUGUGGGCCUGGGCGUGCCGGGCAUGCGGGGUUACCUGCAGCUACCCAUGCCCUUCCGCAAGGAGCUACUGUUUGUGGUGGGCAAGCCGUUGUUCGCCAAGGAGGGGGAAACUGUGGAUGACUUCCAUGCGCGCUACGUGGAGGCGCUCAAGCAGCUCUUUGACACCUACGUCCCCAUCUCGCCACACCCCUCACACAAACUCGUCAUCACAUAG